AUGGAGGCAGAGGAAGCGCGCAAGGCGUUGGAUCUUGCGUACAAGCAUGACCAGAAUGGCAAUACAGAUGCGGCGCUAAAGUGGGCACGAAAAAGUAUUGCGAUUUAUUCCACGCCAGAGGCCAUGGCUCUCUUUACGCGAUUGAAAGAAAAGGGUGCACAGGGCGAGCCAACACAAGAAAAAAAUACCACCAACUCACCGAAAGAGUCUUUUACAGAGACUAUUUAUGCAUCCAAUACUACCAAAACACGGGAUUCAAAUGAUGGUCACACAAAGCGCGAGUAUACUGAGCAGCAGGUCGAAAUUGUUCGGCGCGUCAAGCGCGCGGGUGGCGACUUUUAUGCUGUCCUUAACGUCCAAAAAACAGCGGAUGAAGCAGAAGUGAAAAAGUCAUACAAAAAAGUAUGUUUUCUAUCGAAAAGUGACGCUAACAUAUACCGCUCAGCUUGCUCUUCAACUUCAUCCUGA